AUGGCCACAUCGAAGGACGGCAUGGCCUAUGCGUCGGCUGUCGUAGUCUCUAUCACGCCCAAACAGCCGUCGUUUUUUGCGGGCGAGACGUUUGAAUGCACCAUUACCUUUACCAAUACCCAUCCCCCUAUCCGGGCCGCAGAGCAUCGUCGCUCUCUGUCGGCAUCACCGCAAAUGCGCAGGGUGGCCUCGGACGUAGGCUCUAUGCAUGCGUCAUCUUCAUCGGCCAUUACCAUCACGCCAGCCUCGCCAGUGGAGACGUGGCCAUCGUCCGGGACGGAACCACCGUCACGCCUCGGACUUCUUGGACCCAGGACACAACAUGAACGUGCUGGUACGCCUUCACGACGACGAACCACGUUUGCCUCUCGGAGAGAGGCUCCUAGGCCUGAGCGUGGUGCCAAAGCUGUGCCUUCGUCGCAUCCCCAUGCCCGGCAAAAAUCCGUGGUAGCAUACCAAGUGGAAGAUUUGAGUCAGGCGUUUGGGCUCUUGCAAGCCCAGGAGCGUCCGAUACCGAAAGAGAUACCUACGUCGCCGUACCCAGAUCCCUAUGCUACCCACAACAAGGUCAUGGACGCUGCGCUACGUGAGUCUGUGGCCAGCUGGGCCAACGAUGCGCAGCUGUUGGAACAUACCUCGCAAAGUCCGCUCUUUCCAUCGCGCGAUACCCUUCCGCCGGGCCACGAAAAGUUGCUUUGGGCCUUUGCUCAGAUCGGCGGCACGAUGGAAGUGGAGCGAGGGAUUGUACGGCCAGCGGACUUUGACCAACUACGCAUGCGCUUAGCGCGUGGCGAGAUGCCCAGCCCUAUGACCACAGCCUCGCCGUCGCCAUCGCCGUCGCCAGCCCAGUCGCCCGCUACGCCUCGUACGCUGGGUGGUGGUGAGUUGGGCUACGAUGCCGAAUACGAGGCAGGGACCAUUGACAUCGAGACGGGCGCGCCGACGGCCACAGCUACGCAUGAUCUGCGUGCGUCGCACGUCCCUGCGAUCUCUACGAUUGCUGCGCUGCUAUUCCGACCUAUGCAGCCAACACGCUCGCCACAUACACCGCGUCAUUGGCGCACAGGCUCCACGUUGUCCGAUAUCCAAACGCGGGCCCUGCUGAGCCCGACGUUGCCGACGUAUUCGGCACCGCCGACGAUGCUGGAUGUGGAUGUAGAGCUGGCGCCAGGCGAGAGUCGGUCGUAUACCUUUUCUCUACGGCUCCCGGCCGAUCUUCCGCCCUCGUUCCAUGGCCAUGCGGUGCACUUUGACUACUACCUUACUAUUGGAACCAACCGAGUCGACCCACGAGUGCGCGGAAUGCAAGAAUCACGGCUCUUGCAUAUACCUAUCCGCGUAUACAAUCACGUUGUACCAGGUGCUGGCCCUCUUGCCUGCUUUGAUCUGCUCAACCCCGUUGUGGCCUCGCAGUCGGAAGGCCACGUCGAGGUGCAGAGUGCCGUAUCUGCAAAGCAGCCCGAUGCAGAUGACCACGAGGAACGUACGCGCCUCUCGUCGUGGGCGCAGGAACUGGUACAUGGUCAUGUGCAUGCACAUCGCACAGACACCGCAGCGCCGCUUUCGUCCAUGGACGCCAUCAACGACCUCGCACAGCGCGCCAGCAAAGUCACCUACGACAUCGCGAAAGAUGGCCACGUGGCCGCGCUUCUUACCCUCGCACGGGCCAAGUACAAAGUGGGCGAUAGCGUCCAAGUGCUGCUCCGCAUGAACGAGCCAGGGGCGACGGUGCGUAUUGUCCGUGUAGCCGCCUCGCUAGAGUCGCAUGAAGAGGUGGAUGCGUCCAUGGCGCUUCUUCCCCCGGGCCGUACGCAGACCAUGACGCGCCAAGUCUAUGCCACUCAACACGAGGCCACGCUCGAUACGCGGCAGACGUGCCUCUGGCUCCCGAUCCCCAGUGGCGCAACGCCGGAAUUUUCGACCAGCGGCAUUCGGCAUCGCUGGUCGGUCCGCAUCUCGCUCCUGACGCAGAUGGCCGACGAUGGCACCUCCAAGGUAGCGCCACCGCCUCAUCUCAUGUCGGACACACAGGCGUUUGCGGCCUUCCAGACAUCGUUGCACGACGUGCCGGUGCUGUGUGGACGCCAAGGUACCACAACAUCACGCUUGGAAAUCGUCGAAUGCUCCGUCCCUGUGAUGGUCCUGCCUCAUCGAUCGCAGCGCAAGACAGAUCCUGUGUUGUUGUAUGCAUAG